GGACGCCCUUGCGCUUCCUCACGCGAAGAAGAACGCGCUUACGUGAAGAAAAGCGCGCUUACAUGCGAAGAAGUGCCGCAUCCAAGCGAGCGAGCGAGUUAGUGAGAGCAAGAAACACUGCUAUGAGCCUACGUUCUUUGUUAAUGUUUUUAAACUAUCUAGAGGCAACGCCUGUAUGUAUCAUCUUUUGUGUUGUUGUUGUGUGUUUCCACUCGCGAUCGGACACUUAAAUCCAGUUGUGCAGUGGUUUGAACGAUGUGCUAAUGCUAGCGAACGCAUGCUAACUGUGUGUGUUAUUAUUGUAUUAACAGCUAAUCAUCGCUGAUUUACGUUGAUGCGAACCUGUUUGUUAUUGGGGACGAAAUUGAUUUGUUUCAUUUCUAUUUUUAGUUUAACUCUUCAAGUGAUGGUUGAAUAAAGUCAGCAAAUUAUACAAACGUCUUCUGCAUCGUCAUUUGGGAGUUUAGCUAGCUGUAUAGCCAGGACUGAGCCUUAGCGUCUCGGUGAGGACAGUACAGUCGUAUUCCCUCCCGAUGCAGUUAUCUCCACCUUGCAAUGACUGCAAGUCGCUUUGUUGUAAUUUUUCCUCGUGAAGUGAAUACACACUUUUGAGCGUUUGAACCUACGCGCUGUCAUUGUUAUGUUUACGGCCACAAUGCUCGUGCUAAACCAUCGUAGCCUAUCAUUUUCUCCCCCUUUCCUGGUGAGGUGUAGCCAAACUUUGGAGCGAGCGGUUCUUGGCGCCAUGCUAGUUUGAUGCGUCUGGACAACAAGACACGUCACGACGCAAUACGCAUCUUUAGGAAUCGUUAAAGGGAUCGUUAAGGCUGUUUCAUUGUGAUGUCAAGGUCUCGAAACACUAGGAACCGGUUCGGAAUUGGAAUCUGAUUUCGAUUCCCAUCCCUACUGACGAUAUGCUCGAAAUAUGACGACAUGACAGCACUGCAAAUGGACGCAUUUUCUUGUGAGAGAAAUCAACACAGGUUUCAAAAAGGUUGGUACAGGGGGUGAAACAAGGAAAAAUGUGAUGCUUACCAUUGAAAUGAAGAUGGAAAUGAUAGAAAACUAUGAGCGUGGGGUGUGCAUCCUUGAACUGGCUCAACAAUACAGCCGUAGAAUGUCAACGUUCUCCACUGUCCUCCGCUGACCUCCUUUCGCCAGUCUUUAUAAGUUAAGGUGACAAUUAUUUCUGUGGUAACAUCGCCAAAGAAAUCGCCAGCUACGUCAGGUUUUUAUCAUUUAUUUCAGAACUUGUCCAACACAACACGCCUACUGUCCACCUCAGUUGAUGGUGUUCUCAACGAAACGUUAAAAGUAAAGUAAAUUCUAAAGCGCACCGCUCCUUCUCUGUGUCACGUCGGCGAAGCGGUGCGUUCUGGUACAGCACGUAAAACCUGUCCGCCACAUUAGAACCCAAUCCGUUACAUUGUUACAGGAAUUAUUUUUAUUUUAUUCCAGUUUUUACUAAAAAUGUAUUUGUUUUGCUAUGUGUAAUAGCCAUUUGUAAUAGUACCAGCAGUAUUUAUUAAGGAUUUAGUGUAGGUUUUUGGGCUGUGGAACGAAUGAAUGAAAUUAUAAUAUAUUCUUAUGGGAAAAUUCUGCUCGACAUAUGACCAUUUCGACUGACAAACAAGGUCCUGGAACGAAGUAACUUCGUAUGUAGAGGUACCAUUGUGUAGUUGUUUGAUUAAAAUGAAAAGUGUUAUGUAUUCAUCUUAACUAAGUGAAGCUAAUAAAUGUACUUUAGCAAUUGUGUUUGUCCCCUGUUAACAUUAGGGGCAAAACAACAAAACAUGCUUUUGAAGGCAUAUGUCUCACACGAUGUACAGAGUUGCUUGUUUGGCUUCCUUUUACAUCAGUCACAUGCACCCUGUUUAUUUCCCCAUCCGUCCACUGUGUCCAUCUCCAACCGUUGGAUGCUACACACGGCCAACUGGGACAUGUGACACAUGCUGCAAUGGGUGGGGGUGGGGGGUGUCAUUUCUGUGAAACGUUCCCCGGGCCGGCGAGCAAGCAGGCAGGAAUGUGUGCUUUGGUUGGUGGGAUCGAAUGUCACCAGCUGUGAAGGGGGAGGUAUAAAGGACAGCACCACUAGUUGGUCAGCCAGAGUUGAUCUAUAAACGAGCUAGUAGCUGACACACAGCAAGUGUAACCGAGCAUCACUUUUCUGAAACUUUUUCCCAACCACCCAACUAAGAAUUUGGACAUUUACUUACCAUCAUGGAUGUGCAACGGAGUGGUUCCCUGGUUCGGCCUCCAAGCCCCAUGGACAGCCUGGAGAAGCAACUGAGCUGCCCCAUUUGCCUGGAUAUGUUCACCAAGCCUGUGGUCAUUCUGCCCUGCCAGCAUAACCUGUGCCGUAGCUGUGCCAGCGACCUCUACGACUCCCGUAACCCAUACCGGUUUUCCGGCGGUGUCUUCCGCUGCCCAACAUGCCGCUUUGAGGUGGUGCUGGACCGCCACGGUGUCCACGGGCUCCAGCGGAACCUGCUGGUGGAGAACAUUAUCGACAUCUACAAGCAGCAGCAAGAAGUGAGUGGCAACAACAACACAGAGAGCUCCCUGAAGCCUAAAGAGUCCAAAGAGCCAAAGUGUCAGGAGCACGAAGACGAGAGAAUCAAUAUCUACUGCAAAACCUGCCAGACUCCAACGUGCUCCAUGUGCAAAGUGUUCGGGCAGCACAAAGACUGUGAGGUUGCACCUUUGGAGGCUGUCUACCAGACCCAAAAGACCGAACUGAGCAACGCCAUCGAUAACCUUGUGGCCAGCAACGGACGCCUGCAGUCGCUGCUCAUCCAGAUGGAAGACGCUUGCCGAGUCGUACAGGAAAACGCCCAGCGAGCCAAGCAAGGCCUUGCUGAACGUUUCGACCUGCUCUACGCCGUCCUGGAGGAGCGGAAGACUGUACUUCUGGAACAGAUCGGCAAAGAGCAAGACGACAAGGUAGCCGCGCUGCGGGCCAUGUCCCAACGUUACGGCGAGCGGCUUCAGGCCAGCACUGACCUUACCGACUCAGCCGUCCGGGCGCUAGAGCAGAGCGGCGCUGCCGAGUUCUUGGUUGCAGCCAAGGGCCUCAUAACGCAGACCAAAGAUGCUGCCAAAGGCUCAAUGGGCGAAGAGAGGCCUGAGCCAGGUUUUGAGAAGAUGGAUCACUUCGCCGUGUCGACAGAGCACGCUGAGGCGAUCCUUGCGAAAAUGGACUUUGGCUCAGACAGCGAAGAUGAUUUUGAUGACGCGGAGGAGGAAGAAGAGGAAUAAUGGAAGUGGUGGUGGACUUAUUUGCUUGUGAAGGUGUUCUGACAAGAGUAUGGCAGGGACUUGUGGAUGUCAAUGAUAUAAAGUUAUGGAGGGGUAGCAUCACUUGCCAGUACUUUCAGUGCAAUAUUUAACAUCAAUGUUGAAUACAUAACUUUCCUUUUUAUACUUUUGUACUUCUGAACCACUUGAACGUCGGUGUUAAGAGGAGAUGUCAAGGUUAGAAUAAUGAAUGUCGAAGAUGUGUUGAUUUCAUUCAAAAUGUAGCAGAUUUGCGUCGAUAUUUGCCAUUUCACUUUGUCUUGGUUGACUUACUUGGACUUGAAUGGAACUUGAAAUAAAGUUGCAUGACACAAAAUUGUGAACAGUCUUUAUUAUUAGCUUUGAGCUCAGUAUUCCAGAAAUGUCCUUUGUUCUUUUGACACGUUUUGUUAAGAGUCAGCAAGGCUUUCACAUAGCUGUAGGCAGCUUUUAAAAAUAAAAGCAAUGCUAUGUCCUGCAGGCUUUGCCUUUGCCGGUGAAAAACGGAGGCUAUUUUUAAGAGGUGAGAGGCUGAGAAGUGAUAGCCGCCCUAGAAUAGACCGCCAGAGAAGGACAGGCUAGGUCGUGUUUCACCCUCCCACCCGCCUCUUGAUAAAACGCCGCUCCUGCACUGAGACGUCUUUUCUCAGCAUCAGAAAGGGCGCACUAAGAAUGACCGAUGCAGUUGCCACUCUCGUCAUCACCCUGGGGUCGAGAGACUGCGAUAAAAAUACAUGUCUGGUUGGGGGCUGGGUUACAGAAAGCCCCUUGAGAUGACCUGCUUGGCUUCACCGCUCACUCGUUCUUAGUGGUUUCCAAUGUGUGCCUUCAAAAGCUUCCAACAUCAUUCACAGUUUCAUUAAUAACCUUCCUGCCAUGUGGCUGGUCACAAUGACCUGUUAAAGAAAUUAAUCUGGAAAAUUAUUAGAACUCCAAUUAAUAAUUAUUUUCAUAUUUGAUAAUAAUCGAUUAUCCUGAUUUAUUUUUUUCAACGAAUAGUAGUUAAAAUCAAUUCAAUUUGACAGUGCAGAAAAUGCACGCACAUGUAUUGGUGAACCAUUUACUGGUUUGAUCUGUGACAUGUCUAAAAAAGGCAACAAUGUCAAUGAUUGUUUUUGGAAAUAAGAGCAAUUGUUAGCAUGUUUGCUGUUUUGAUUAAACACAAAGACAAAAUUACAGUUACGAUCAAAAUACACCGAGUUACUUGGUGAGUCUUUAGCGAUCAUGGUAAUACUGGUCAAUUAUAAAUUUAUCGUCUAAGAUAUUUUUUUAGCUUAUUUUGGACAUUUUUUCCCUUAUUCUUUAAACACACAUGAAAAUAAGUGGGGUCAUUUAAUGAAAUAAAAACCUGCAAUUGUCAUAAAAACAUCGUUCAAGAAAAAUUGUGAUUUGCUAAUAUCCAGCAAGUUAUGGUCGCAGCACAUGAUAGUUAUUGAGCAUAUUGUUGUAGGUUUACAUAAUAUACUAAAACUAUCCCGCCCGUCCUGUGUGUACAGAUAAAUGAACUCUGUCCACAACAGGCCUAUCUGGGGCUGCUUGGCUAAAUCUGUCGCAUGAUGUCUUUGAACCUGGGUUGGCUGCAAAGAAACUUUGUUGCAUUCUGAAGUGGAAUUUUCUUACAGGUCUGAUGUUUUUUAAAAAAAAUAUUUUAAACCUGUCCUGUUCAGCUGAUUAGACAUGGAGAAUAGGAACCUGAAUGUCCUUAUGGUCUGAACAGUUUUAAUGUAUCACAUGGGAGUUUGACAUACUCCCAUUGUGUUUGUUCGUUGUGUUUUAUUUAUUAGGAGAAAGCUGCGAGCAGAAAGGGGUUAUGGGGGGACAGAAAGGAAGGAAGCAGACAGAGGAGGAGAAGAACAAACAACAACAGCAAAUACAUUACACACCUUUGCUACCUUUUAACAUAGUGGUGCUAUUGUUAGCUAAUUAUAUUUACCCGUAGAACCCAUGUAUGGAGCCUGAUAACUGAGGAGAAAGCAGAGGGGAGGUGAGUCAAUACGAGAUGUGAGUAGGUUUGCGGGUCCGUACACAAAUCAUCAAAGUGAGGUGUGGAACCCAGUAUUAUGUGAAUCACAUGUAAGUGUGGAUAUAUUAACAUCCUUUUCUAUGCUGCCUGACUGCUAAUCCUGGCACCAACAAUCUCUCGAGUAUGAUGGAUAGCACCUAGUCAUACGUGAACCUACUCAGACGUGUGAUAGUCCUGCAGAAAAGUGGAAAUGCUACGCAGGGGCCGCCCCAGAGCCCGGGCAACACCCCAGCCGAUCAGGAGGGGUGAGCGAACACGGCCAAUCCCUCCUCCUGCAUCUCCGGCAAAGGGGCCACCGACAGCCCCCUGGGAUCCAGGGUGGUCCCCAGGACCAUCCGUUCCCCCAUUAACUGACCCCCAGAGAAGGAACGAGUGGACUCAUCAAAGCUCCCCAAGCUUGCUUCCACCACCACCAACCCACCCAAACCAGCAGCCACCACUGCAACCCCCCCAACCGACAUGGCACACCGUGGGAACCCCAUGGCCCACAGGCCCGGGGCAGGACAGGAUCCCCACCCGGAGGGGUGACACCCUGCUGACCUGCAGUUGACGGAGGAUGGGGGUGAUUUGGCGUGUUGCGGGGGUUCGAGUGAUGAGGCGUGCUGCCGAGUUCUGGAGGAGCUGCAGUUUCUGGAGGGACUUGUUAGGGAGACCGAAGAGCAGUGAGUUGCAAUAAUCGAGCCGGGAGGUUAUUAGAUCACAGACCGGGGUGGAAGCGGUAUGGCGGGUGAGAGAAGGGAGGAGACGAGAAAUGUUGCAAAGGUGGAAAUAGGCUGAUCUGGUGAUGCUGUUGAUAUGUGACCGGAAGGAGAGCGUGCUUUCGAGGAUGACACCCAGACUCUUAACCUGAGACGAAGACCUUGACCAAAACUCAAGUUUCUACAGCAGAAACGAGAGCAAUUGUAGACAGGAAGCUGACUGGAUGGGGGUAUGGGGAAAAUAGUCUUGACAAAUCUCCGCACUUCUUCCCCCAGCUGUCUUUUGUCAUCAGACAACGCUAUUGUUACGGCUGAUGGCCGCUGUGGUCGACAAGAGCUGGGGUGUUGAUACACAUAAGCGAGGUUGCUAGGAUAUAAAAAAUGUGAGGCCACAACCCCGAGGCAUUAAUGUGAGAGCUUCUGGAAGCAGCAGUGCACAAAACACAUUUUGGCCACGAUUGUACUUGGCUCUUAUCUUCGCAAACAACGGCACCAGGAAGAACUGAGGGAAGAAGGCUUUGACAUCUGAGACGGUCCAGCCACUGCUGGUUGAUAGACUUUUUCUGACCUAGAUUGCUCAUGUAACUGUGGGCUUAAAACAUGUAGAGCCAAAUUGCUGUCAUUGUAGGAAUUUGUAGGAGAACUAGUCAGUUUCAGUGUCACAGUGUUUGAAUUUGGCAGAGAGUGUGAAAGUGUUUAUUAAGUCAUUCGAUCAUUAAUUUUUGAAUUGCCGUUCCGUUAAACUCUGAUUGAUGUGGCCGCAACUUUCAACCAGACUCAGCAUUUUGACAAAUUCUUGUCACGUUGCGAAUAUUAAAAUAUUCAAAUUGGAUCCGAAUGUAUGACAUAUUCUCCAAUGGAAUCAUUUUCUCUGUCAAUACUUGUUUUGUUGCCAACACAAUUAAGUUGUCAUGAUUUCAUUUUGCCUUUUCAUUAUGUCUACAAUUCAUUUCAACGGGGUUGCCAGACAUUUUGGUCCAGUGAUGUCAUCACUCUCUGUUUUGCU